AUGUUGCGAAUAUUCAUUUUAUUGUGCGUUGUGGCAAUUCAAACGAGUUUUGUGUUUUCUAAAUCACCAGGACCACAAAAAUGUAAAGCAAAACCAUGCAAAGGAUCAGAUAAAUUUUGUGAAUACCAAAUCAACCCAGAAACGUGUGAAUGUGAGCCUUUUGUAUGCUGUUCCAUUCCUUAUUGUCCCAAUGGGUAUAAAGUUUGCAAUUCUUGUUCAAAUUGCAAGUGCAAAGAAGGAUGUCCCAAAGAAGAAUGUGAACAACCUGCUGACAUUUUCUGUUCAGCAAGUCGCGAUCCAACAACUUGUGAAUGUCAAACUGUUUGCUGUUCAAUUUUUUGUCCAAAUGGAAUUGACUGGGAUAACUGCACUUCAUGUUCUAAUUGUGCUUGCUUACCAAUCUAA